CGAGGACCAAACUGACCCUUAUCCCCUUGUGAUUUGAUUCAUGGCACCACCACUCAUGCUUCUGUAAUAGUUGCAGCAAUGUUAAGAGGCAAUAAGUGUGCCAAUCGAGGUACAACCAGUGGCAGGCGUUAUAUUCAUCGCGAUAGAAAGGAGCGUCAUGAGAUUAUUAUUAAAGACUAUUUUAAUGGUGAUCAGUCAAAGUAUACAUCCGACCAUUUUCGCAGAAGAUUUCGAAUGGAUGUGGAACUAUUUACUCGCAUUUUGGUAGCAAUUGAAAAGAAUGAUAAUUACUUCUCCUUAAAAUUUGAUGCCACAGGAAAAGAAGGAUUAACUCCUUUACAAAAAAACGGUAGCUGCAGUGCGAAUGCUUGCUUAUGGUUGUGCAGCUGAUCUUUUGGAUGAAUAUGUUCAAAUUGGGGAGAGCACUGCAAUUCAAAGCCUUAAGCAUUUCUGUGAUGCUAUGAUAAGUGUUUUUGAAGAAGAGUACUUGAGAAAGCCAAACAAAAAUGAUAUUGCGGUCCUUCUUCAAGAAGGAGAAGAACGAGGUUUUCCUGGCAUGUUAGGGAGUCUUGAUUGUAUGCAUUGGCAUUGGAAGAAUUGUCCAACCGCUUGGCAUGGUACUCAUACAAAUGGUUUUAAACGAGUCCCAACACUCAUAUUAGAGAUUGUAGCUUCAAAGAAUUUGUGGAUUUGGCACGCAUUCUUUGGUAUGGCUGGUACUAAUAAUGACAUAACAGUAUUAGACAGAUCUCCACUUUUUGAUGAUAUUAUAAAUGAUGUUACACCACCAUGUAACUAUGUAGUUCAAUGUCAUCAUUAUGAUAUGGGGUAUUAUUUGACUGAUGGAAUUUAUCCACAAUUUGCUACGUUAAUGCAAUCUAUCUCUCAGCCAUCUUCUCUUAAAGAGAAAAUAUUUUCUGAGCGCCAAGAAUCUACAAGGAAGGAUGUGGAGCGUGCUUUUGGAGUUUUGCAAAGUAGAUGGCAUAUUGUUAAAGGUCCCGCACGUAUGUGGAAGGAAAAAGAUUUGGAGAAGAUAAUGAAGACUUGUAUCAUCUUGCAUAAUAUGAUCAUUGAGAGUGAAUGUAGUCAAGGAAUGAAUCCUGAAAAUUGGCAACCUCUUGGAGAUGAAAGGGUUGAAAAUGUAGAGUUAGAGUGUGAUUAUAAUUUUAUUGUCUCUAGAAUGAUUGGAAGAAUGAAACAAGUUCAAGACAAGAGAGUUCAUAGAGAUUUGAAAACUGAUCUCAUCAAUCAUAUAUGGGAGCUAUAUGGUGGUCAACAAGCAAGCUAAUAUUAUGGGAGCUAUAAUUUUAUUUUUGUUUCCAUGUAUGAUAUUCUACUCUUAUUCAUUAAUCUAAGGAUUGUGUCUGUUUUUAUGGAAUUAUUAUUUAUGUUUUGGAUUGAUUAUAUUCAAUAUACGUUAGUUAUAUUCUUGGGAG